AUGGCGGCGCAACAAGCGUACUAUCAACAGCAGAUGGCGAUGGCCCAGAAGGGACCAUUGCAGCCUGGCCAGACUAUCAAGCUCACACAGUACACCGUUACCGUCGAGCGCUAUCUCAGCCAAGGCGGGUUCGCACAUGUGUACCUGGUGCGGACAUCAACACCGGUGAUGGGAACAACGCAGCAUGUCCUGAAACGGAUGGCGGUGGCCGACGUUGCCACCCUUGCCGAAGUCAAAAAAGAAGUCGAUAUUAUGCGCUUGCUCCGUGGCCACCCAAACAUUGUCCACUUGCUCGAUUCCGCAUCCAGACCCCUUCCUAAUGGCCAACACGAAGUCUAUAUUCUCAUGGAGUUUUGCCAGGGCGGCGGCAUUAUUGAUAUGAUGAACCGCCGGCUCAGGGAGCGUUUGACCGAGAAGGAUAUUCUCCAGAUUUUCGUCGAUGUUUGCGAGGCCGUGGCAUGCAUGCAUUCCCUUCAACCCGCCCUCUUGCACCGAGACUUGAAAGUAGAGAACAUCCUCCAGGCAUCAGACACUUCCUUCAAGCUAUGCGACUUUGGUUCCGCAGCACCGUCUAAACCGAAACCGCCUUCCACCAUGGAGGAAAUCAAGCUCCUCGAAGCCGACUUGAAUCGCUCUACUACUCUGCAGUACCGUGCUCCCGAAAUGGUCGAUGUCUACUUGCGCAGGCCGAUUGACGAAAAGUCAGACGUUUGGGCACUUGGUGUCUUGCUCUACAAGUUGUGUUAUUACACUACUCCCUUUGAGGCUCAUGGACCAUUGGCAAUCCUACACGUCCAAUACUCGAUUCCCGGAUACCCAGUCUACUCCAAGGAGCUCAACGCGUUGAUCGGCUGUAUGUUGCGCGAACUAGGCGUCCAGCGUCCGAGCGUAUUCGAAAUAUUGAAUGUUGUCCAUCGAAUGAGAGGAACAAAGAGCGCGUUUAACUAUACCCGCCCUCAAAUCCCUGCCCAGAUCCAAUCCCCACCUCAACCUUCCCAGGACCAAUUAAUCCAGGUUGCCCGAAAUGGUGCUCAACCUCAGGCGCCCAGCGCGCGGGAGAAACAGCUUAGAGAGCAAAAGGAGGCAUUGGACGCGAUGGGUAUGAGGCGGGGACGACCUGAUGCGAGUCCCUCGCCCGUUCCUCCUCAUUCGUCAUCGCACGCUCAACAUCCCUCAUCGCACGCCCAACAUCAUCCACCAUCACAUGCUCAACAAGCCAGCUCGCCGCUCCCAUCUCGUCAACCUCUCCCGCCCCUCACGCGCUCCAGGCCCUCCAAGUCGGGUUCGGAAAAGGCGUCUCGGUCGCGUCAGCAGACGCACGAAGCCUCGGCGUCACCUCGUAAAUCAGUGCCAUCUACUCCGAGAGGUGCGACCCCCACGACUCCUCGUGUUGCGCCUUCUACACCGUCGACGCCUCGUGCAUCCAAGGCGUCAGCCGUCCCUAUCCAGACGCAGACGCAGACACAGACACCAACCCAAUCACAUUCACAUUCACAAAUUCAAUCGCAAUCACAAUCCCAAGCGCAAGCACAAUCACAAUCACAAACGCACGCCCAAACUCCCAAGACCCCAUCCACACCCUCAGCUCAACGAAUCUCCACCAACGUACCAGGCCGCACGGGUCCCGUAUCGCCCAGGAAGAGCAGCGCGUCCGGUACAACUGCCCCGCUUGUCCCUGCCUCGCCUCGCAAGUCGACGGGAAAGCAGCCGCCUGUUGGGGGUGUGAAGCUUCCUGGUGUCGGGGGUGCUACGGCGGCUGUGGGUAGAUCUGCUGGAACUGGUGGUGGUGGUAGUGGCGGGGUUAAACAGACUACUACUGGAGUCAAGCAGACGACCACUGGGGUUAAGCAGACGACUACUGGGGGCGGGAUUAAGCCUAUCGGAACCGGGAGCGGGCUUAAACCUACAGGAACCGGGAGCGCCGGUCUUAAAGCCAUGGGCACCGGAACCGGAGCCGGAGCUGGAGCUGGAGCCGGAGCUGGGUCAGGAAUGAAACCGAUGGGAACGGGGAGCGCGGUCAAGCCCACGGGCACCGGGUCCGGGAUGAGGCCAACGGUCACGGGGAGUGGGUUGAGGCCUACCGGGACGGGGAGCGGGCUGCGGCCGAUCGGGACUGGGGCGAAUGGGGUCAAGGGGCUGAAUACGGGUGACGCACUGAGAUCCCCUACUACCACCGACUUUUUCAACGACCCGUCGUGGAAGCAUGUCGAUUCUCCCGAAAAGGAAAAGGAUAUCUGGGGCGGGGAGGGCGUUUCGUCGUUGCAGGCGGCCAAGUUUGAUGGGUUUGCUGAUUCGUUUGAUGCUCCGACGGGCAAGGCGAGGCCUUUAAGUCAGUUGGGGAUGAAUCCCGCGGGAGGGAGUGGAGGAGGGCACCAUCAGACGAGUUCUCAUUCACACCAUCAACCCACAAGUACGCACUCGCAUCACCAACAAACGACCACCCACCUUGCAUCUUCGAACUCUCUAUCUCCACCCUCGCUUCAGCAACCUAAAUCACGUACCUCGGCCGCACGGGACGCAUUCGAAGGCCUCGGUAUUCCAUCUGCUCCGUCUCCUGCGUUGUCCCUGCGCGAGCUGGCCGCACGAUCGCCGAACCCGAGUCCGGGUAUUCCGGUACACAACGGACAUGGCGUUUCCCCUGUUCCAUUUACCAGGUCGCCUCAUCCGCUUGCUACGGGUGCCACAACCGGAACGGGUACAUUAACGACGCAUGCUACGGCCGGGAGCGCUACUUCUGGGACCAAGGGAGGUACAGGGGCUAAAGCAAGCGCGAUGGCGCUCAGCGCUGAAGAGAGGUUCCCGAGUAUCGAGGACUUGGAUGCUGCUGGUGUAUGGGGGCCUGCUUCUACUGCCGCAACCACAACCGCCGCCGCCUCUGCUGGUGGUGCUACAACGCAACAACCGCCCAAGUUACCGCCCCGCCCACGAGAGACGGCUCAGUCACACAUGACAGGUCCGAAUUCGUUUGGUCUCAAGGCGCCUGUUCAGGCUUCCGGAGCACGGAGUCAACAGGUCACGGGUACUGCUAUGAAGGAUUCCGAGCGUGGUGGUGCUAGUGCGGGUGGAGCUGGAGGUGCGGGUAUAGUUGGAGGGAGGGCGUUGCCUGUUCCGCCUGGACAGGUACCUGGGCCGGGAUUAUUGAGAAAGACGAGUGGGGGCGUGAAGAGAACUGGGUCUAUGGAAUCUGGGCGGGAGAGUUCGCGCCGGGAGGAUAUGUCUGUUCGUCGUGGAGAAGAUACGCCCACCCGUCGCGGAGAAGAUACGCCUACGCGAGCCGGGUCCCCUGCGAAACCUCGUCCGACGAGUAUUAUCCAAACGACACCCAAGCCGACGGCCAAGCCCCCACGAACGCAGAGUCAGACUGUCAGGCCAGACUGGUUGACUGGGGACUUUUUAGAAGCUGCUGCUGCGAUGGGGAUUAGUGUGCCUGAUAGUCCGAGCAAACGGUCGUCGGCGAUCCUGUCGAGUGGCGGGGCUGGGACGAGGUACCAGGCGCCGUUGAAGAGUCCAACGCACAGUAGUACGCCCCUCAAGAGUCCGGUGCACACGACUGUUCCGCUCAAGAGCCCCGUGCAUACGACUGCCCCGCUCAAGACUUCGGCCGAAAAGUUGGGAAGGACUGCUGCUGCUGCGAGCGGACGAGCGACACCGGAUCGGCUGUCUGAUUUGUUGGGUAACUCGGGUAGGCAGACAUCUAUGACCGAAUCGAGCAACGACGAGGGGCCCGAGGAUCCGGUUUCGCAUUAUGGGAGGAGCAAGUUGGAGAGACGGGGUGCGGUUACGAGGUCUAGUCCGGAGCGAAAGAGUCGGUCCUCGACUAUGGACGUUCCGAUUACGACUGUUCCAAGUGGAGGAUCAAGUGCGCAUAGGAGGCAGCCCUCGGAGCAGCCGUCCAAACCUGCGCGAACACCGUCAACGACUUCAACUGCUUCUCAUCCUCCGACGUCUGGAAAUCGACAUCGUCGUCCUCAGUCGAUGUUUAUCCAACCUGGUUCGGCGACGCUAUCCCCUCCGACUGACGCUAAUGCGCCUACCAAGCGCUCGGUACGCCGCGGGUCGAUUUCGGAUAUGGUGUCCAAAUACGAAGCGAUGGCUGUUGAAGAGCCCGGUACUCCUGCCCCCGCGCCCGGAGUCCAACAACGUCCGUCAAUUGCACCCAAACCCGUAGGAUUGCGCGCUCCAUCGUCCAAAGUCGAAAGGGAACGAGAACGCGCCAAGUCGCCUGAGCCUGCUCCAAGGUCGCCGAGCCGAGCAGAGGCUACCCGGCCCCGUUCACCGAGUCGGGGCGAACGAGAAAGACCGAGGUCUCCCAGCCGAACUGAACGUGAACGCCCCCGAUCCCCGAGCCGGGCCGAACAGGAGCUACCGUCCACGACAGCAAGCACGAGCGUGUUUAACCGCGAAAAUCGUGUGCGGCAGUCUCCGACCGAGAUGAUGCGUGAGGUGCCAAUCCAGGAUGGGAACGCGCGUGGGGGACGGCCUCCCUCGCCGACCAAGCUCACGCAUCCGGUCGUGCAGCCCCAACCUGCGCGGGCCGCAGGAUCCCGAGGGCUGCAUACUCUUACACCCCAGCACACGAAGGAAGAGGCUCCACCUGUGCGAGCUCCUUCACCACCAGCGUCGCCUGAUAAACCAUACCAGGGCGUUGGACGCUUGAUUGACCAGUGGCAGAAAAAGGCCGGAGCAGAGCCGGCUAGACCAUUGGGUCCACGUGUGGGGAGGAGGUAA